UCCACUUACCUCUCUCGUGCUUUCUCGGACCAGGGCUGUCGGUUAAGGUUGCGGAAGGAGCCCAAGGGGGGCGGAAUGUAGGUAUCGCAGACAGCGUAAAGACCUACCACUAAAUACCAACCAGAGGCAACAAACGGAAAAACCCGUACGAUGAUGAGUACCGCUCGUCGAACUUCCUGCUUCAUACGAGCAUGCAACCGGACCCGAACCCGUACCUGGGCAUGAUGCCACUCCCGCAUAAGAGACGGCGGAGCUCCGAGACUGGACAUAAUGCUGCAUACGUGGAGACCUUGGGGUUGGCUGGCACUCCGAUUCCCGGGGGUUAUUCAGCUUCACAAUAUGCCCUCUAUCAACCCAGCACCUCAAAUGCCUUUGCUUCACCAGGCCAAUACUCCAGUUACAGACAGGCCAACGCAGAUCCAGCGCAAGUCUAUCAGCCCAGGUUCGGCUCAGGCCAAAUCAGAAACGAUUUCGGCCCGGCAUUAGACACUGCAUCCAGUCCGACGUCGAGUGCAAUGCCAGGGUUUCGGUACACGCAUACUCCGCUUCAAUCAGGUAGUCGAGCUUAUACGUCGUUCCCGCCCUUUUCGGACAGCACCCCACCACAGGGCGGCGCAACUGCACCGUCUCCCUAUCGCGCCAGGCCGAAUGUAAGCCUAGAUCAAGCGACAUUGUCAGCAGGCCCCUCCAGCGCAUCAGAACCUAGAUCAAUGGCACACCAUAUCCUGGAACGGCAUGUGCAGCCACUGGGAACUUCACAGCAGCCCCACGCAUCAAUAUUAGGGGCAACCGCUGAGCUCAGUUAUCCUUCCUCCAUUCCUCGGACAGACACACUGGCCGAUCCGCUCGGGCUUUCCUUGCAUCAGCUUCCUGAACAAAACGCAUUACCCGCACAAUACCAGUCUCAAGCGCGGAUGGCUUCUGAGAGUGCGGUUUAUUCGGGUUCGAUGGAAACCGGACCCAGCUCGGCUUGGGCUCUGCAAAAUCAGGGGUGAAUCAAAGAUUUGCCCUAUAAUAUCGUUGCGGUGGACUCAAUACCAAUCCCAUCGAUCAACACAGACGACAGGCUCUGCUAAACCCGCUAAUGAGCUGGGUUCGUGGAGACUUGUUUGAACAACAUCAACAUCAACAACAUCAACAUCAACAACAUCAACAUCAUCAUCAUAACAGGUAAACGACCGGUGUUAAGAG